UUUCAUCCAGAGCUGUAAAAAUAAUAAAAAACUAAAAUUAAAUUAAUAUCGGAUGUGAGAGUUAAGAAUCGUUUAAGAAUAAUUGAGAGUAUUAUGUUCCUUGAAUUGAAUAAACUAGUCUUGCCUACAAAGUGUUGCGAAUAUUUUAUCAAGUAGUCAACCACGGAAUAUUGUACUGAUGAAAUAAAUACACGUGUUUGCCAUUUCAAAAUUAAUAUUGAUUUAUUGAUAGUUGAGGCCUGUUAAGCAUUCAGCACAGUAAUUUGUAGCACGUACAGAAGUAGUAUAAAGUGCUAAAAGAAUUGUAUUGAAGAGAAGUAAAAUGAAUUGGGAUCUCGACUAUGGUGAUUUGGCAGAAAACAAGGAGUUUGUGGGUGUAUGUGAGAAUCUGAAGGAAAAUUUGAUAGAAGUGCAAAAAGUGCUUGAUCAGUUGCUACCAUUGAAGCAACAAUAUGAGAAGUUAUCGCUUCCUGCUCAAAUUGAGCUAGAUUUAUUCUUAGCUUAUACAUUAAAUUCCUUGCAUUGGGUCCAUUUACGAAUAGAGGGAGAAGAUCCGACCAAACAUCCCAUAAAAGAUGAACUCCAAAGAAUAAAGGCUGUUAUGUUAAAAUGGCAGGAAGUUAAAGAUCGCGAAAAACGCCCCACUGUAGAUGUUGAGGCAGCAAAACGAUUUGUGAGAAGUGGUCUCUAUGAUCCUUACAGAGCUACAGCUAAAGAAGGAGCACCUCUAAACAAAAAAAUAAAAUUUGAAAAUAAUGAUCAAUAAUAAGUAUUUAACUUUUACAUGUAACAUGUAAGACUGAGUGUAUUAAUAUACAUUCUAAUAUCCAAUGCCACAUUUAGUCUUACUAUAUAAAUUCUCAUAUUCUUUGUGUUA